AUGGACAUACCCAAAACUCAGAGAGCCUUGAUCUACGAUGCCCCGGGUACCAUCUCAACAAAAGAGGUUGAGAUUUCGGUGCCUGACCCUGGACCGGGAGAAGUUCUCAUACGACUAACGCAUUCUGGUGUCUGCCAUUCUGACUUGGGAGUCAUGACGAAUUCAUGGAGUAGCCUACCUCUACCAACUCCCGAAGGACAAAUUGGCGGCCAUGAAGGUGUUGGCAAUGUCGUCAAACUAGGAGUUGGCGCUGAAGACUCAGGAUUGACAAUCGGAGACCGAGUUGGCAUCAAAUGGAUAUCGAGUGCUUGUGGCCACUGUCGUUCGUACCCCACCACCUCAGCAACCAAUCACCGAGACUAG